AUGCCGACCUUCAGCUGUGAAGAGGCUAUCAACGAGUUUGAGGCGUUAACACGCGAUGCUGGACGCGUGCAGCAGGAUACACUGAAAAGGAUCCUUGAGUUGAAUGCUGAUGCUGAAUAUCUGAACCACUUUGGGCUCAAUGGGAGGACGGAUGUACAGAGCUACAAAUCAUGCAUCCCGCUGUGCGUUCACAGUGAUCUUGAGCCAUAUAUCCAAAGGAUUGCUGAUGGUGAUAGCUCCCCACUGCUCACUGGGAAGCCCGUCAUCUCCCUGUCUCUCAGUUCUGGUACAACAGGGGGAAAGCCCAAGUUCGUGCCAUUUAAUGAUGAAUUGCUUGAGAACACACUUCAAAUAUGCCAGACUUCUUAUGCAUUUAGGAACCGAGAAUAUCCCAUAGGCAAAGGAAAGGCCUUGCAGUUUGUCUAUAGUAGCAAGCAAAUGGUAACAAAAGGUGGCAUCCUUGCUACAACUGCAACAACAAACUUGUACAGGAGGCCACGCUACAAGGAAGGGAUGAAGGAUAUGCAGACCCAGUGCUGCAGUCCUGAUGAAGUUGUUUUUGGCCCUGACUUUAACCAGUCCUUAUACUGCCACUUGCUCUAUGGAUUGGUAUACUCUGACGAGAUCUGUCAGGUGUUCGCACCAUUUGCUCACAGCUUAGUCCGUGCAUUUCAAACAUUUGAGGAGGUUUGGGAAGAUUUAUGUGCUGAUAUAAGGGAUGGUGUUCUCUCAGAGAAAGUUACAGUGCCAUCGAUUCGUGAAGCCGUUGCGAAGAUCCUGAAGCCCAACCCCGAACUUGCUGACUCGAUCCACAAGAAGUGUAUGGGCUUGAGCAACUGGUAUGGAGUAAUCCCUGCCCUCUGGCCAAAUGCAAAGUAUGUCUACGGCAUCAUGACAGGAUCCAUGGAGCCAUAUGUAAAGAAAUUGAGACAUUAUGCUGGUCACUUACCACUCAUAAGUGCAGACUACGGUGCAUCUGAAGGAUGGGUUGGCGCUAACAUAAACCCCACAGUGCCACCUGAAAAGGUGACAUAUGCUGUACUCCCUCAGACUGGUUAUUUCGAGUUCAUUCCUUUGGAGAAACCAAAUGCAGAGGAGACGGAGAACAGUGCCUCCAUUCAUUACAUAGAAUCAGAUCCAGUUGGCCUGACUGAAGUCGAGAUUGGCAAAAUCUAUGAAGUUGUAAUGACUACCUUUGGAGGUCUGUACCGCUACAGGCUAGGAGAUGUUGUGAAGGUAGUGGGCUUCCACAACUCAACACCUGAGCUCCAGUUCAUCUGCCGCAGAAGCCUGGUCCUGAGCAUCAACAUCGACAAGAACACUGAGAAAGACGUCCAGCUGGCUGUUGAGGAGGCAGGAAAGCUCCUGGAAGCAGAGAAGCUGGAGAUUGUGGAUUUCACUAGCUCCGUGGAGAAGUCAAGCGAUCCUGGCCGCUACGUCAUCUUCUGGGAGCUGAGCUCCGAUGCGAGCGAGGACGUCUUACAAAGCUGCGCAAACUGCUUGGACCUAGCCUUCGUCGAUGGAGGCUAUCUGGGUUCGAGGAAGACCAAGGCCAUUGGCCCCCUGGAGCUGCGGGUUCUGAAGAAGGGAACCUUCAAGGAGAUCCUAGAUCACUUCGUGAGCCUUGGUUGUGCUGUGGGUCAGUUCAAGACGCCUCGGUUCGUCAACCCGAUGAACACCAAGGUCCUGCAGAUACUGACUAGCAGCACCACCAAAAGUUACUUCAGUACUGCCUAUGGGGUCUGA